CACAUCUACCCCUCAAACGUACCCUUUUUACAUCUUCGGUUCAUGGCAUAAAACAUUACACACAGCGAUUAACCUAUAAGUACAUACGACGAACACAACAUUUUGUACAUACAUAUAUGAUAUAUACAUAAACGGCUGUGUAUAUUUUAACCAACAUCCUUUUUCUCCUCCGUUACCUCAUGGAUUGAAUUACAUCACAGGCGAUCUCUCUUUCUCUCGAACCACGACGGGUUGUUUUUCUAGGGUUUUGUGAAGUCGAAGUUCGAUUGAACUUGUGUUCGAUUGUAGGGUUUUACUCGUUUUAAGAUUGAAGGAAGGAUCUCUGGCUAAUUUCAUUUCUUUCACCGGGGGUUCGAUCAAUUAACCGGUGGUUCAAAGUCUUUCGUUGAAAAUUACCUCCACGCUGGUAUCUAAUUUAGUCCUUUGAUUGAGCAUGGACUUGAAUGCUUCCCCUGAACCAGAAGAGGAUGAAGUGUAUCCUGGCUCACACUCGGAAGAAGAUAACGGGCCAGAAGAACGAGUUGAGUACAAGCAUGUGGAACAUGGCGAGAGUGCUGUUCAGUUAUUACGCCGGGAGCGUCAGGAAAGGAUGCGACGGAUGCAAAGACAACCUCCUGAUGAAAGACAAUCCUAUGGACAUCAGUCUACUGGGUAUCAAGUAAAAAGACAGAGACCUAAUAGGAAACUUCCUCCAGGUUGGUUGGACUGCCCAGCAACUGGAAGCGACAUAGGUUGUUUGAUCCCUUCAAAAGUCCCUUUAGAUGAUAGAUUCAAUGAUUUAAUUCCCCCGGGUAAAAGAUACUCAUUUAGGCAGGUGAACCAUCAACAGAGAGUUUUAGGAAGAAAGAUUGCUUUGAUGAUUGAUUUGACCAAUUCAACUAGAUACUAUAAUGUGAUUGAUUGGACAAAAGAAGGUAUUAAGCAUGUGAAGAUUGCAUGCAAGGGGCGUGAUUCAGUUCCUGAUCCUGAAGCUGUAAAUAAGUUUUUUUAUGAGGUUUCACAAUUUCUGGCUCGGCAAAAGAAAGAAAAGAAGUUCGUUUUUGUUCAUUGCACGCAUGGGCAUAAUCGUACUGGAUAUAUGAUUGUCCACUAUCUCAUGCGUACACUGCCUAUAUCUGUCUCCCAGGCAAUAAAAACAUUUGCUGAUGCACGUCCACCGGGGAUAUACAAACCUGAUUAUAUUGAUGCCUUGUACAAGUUCUAUCAUGAGAAGAAGCCGGAUAUGGUUGUUUGCCCUCCAACUCCAGAUUGGAAAAGAUCUUCUGAGCUUGAUCUCAAUGGUGAUGCGAUGCCAGAUGAUGAUGACGAUGAUGGAGAUUCUGUAGCUCCUCCAGAUGAGAGUCACGAAACGCAGGUUGUCAUGACAAAUGAUGAUAUAUUGGGAGAUCCAAUCCCUGUUGACCAAGAAAAAGCAAUGCGGAAUUUCUGCUAUCAAGUUAUGGGUUUGUCAAUAGAGACUAGUGGUAAAGCUCAGCAUUUUCCUGGCUCACAUCCAGUUUCUCUCGACAGGGACAACUUACAAUUGUUAAGGCAGCGUUAUUAUUAUGCGACAUGGAAGGCUGAUGGAACAAGAUAUAUGAUGCUUAUCACUAUUGAUGGUUGUUAUUUGGUAGAUAGGCAUUUCAAUUUUCGGAGGCUCCAGAUGCGAUUUCCUUGCAGACAUGAAAAGGGAAUGACUGAGAAAAUGUUUCAUCAUUUCACUUUACUGGAUGGAGAGAUGAUAAUUGACACUGCGCCUGAUACAGGGAAGAAAGAAAGAAGAUAUCUUAUCUAUGAUAUGAUGGCCAUUAAUCACAUGUCCAUUAUAGAGAGACCGUUUUAUGAACGUUGGAAAAUGCUCGAGAGAGAUGUAAUCGAACCUCGGAAUUUCGAAAGACUAAUGAUAAAUCAAAACCCAAAUUAUCCAACUUCAUAUUAUAAAUAUGAAUUGGAACCUUUCAGGGUAAGGAGAAAAUCGUUUUGGCUGCUUUCUACCGUUACAAAACUUUUGAAGGAGUUUAUUCCAAAGCUUUCUCAUGAAGCAGAUGGUCUUAUAUUUCAGGGCUGGGAUGAUCCUUAUGUUACUCGAACGCAUGAGGGCCUCUUGAAGUGGAAAUACCCAGAAAUGAAUUCAGUGGAUUUUCUCUUUGAGGUGGUUGACAACCGCCAAUUACUUUAUCUGUUCGAGCGAGGAAAGAAGAAAUUGAUGCACAAUAGGGUUGUUUUUCCUGAUGGCUCUGAUACCUCAACAUAUUCGGGUAAGAUAAUUGAGUGUUCUUGGGAUAAAGAGCAAGAUGCAUGGGUGUGUAUGAGGAUCAGGCCGGAUAAAGGAAACCCAAAUGAAUUUAACACCUACAGGAAGGUGAUGAAAAGUAUAAAGGACAAUAUCACAGAGGAUGUAUUGUUGAACGAUAUCAAUGAAAUCAUCCGCCUGCCAAUGUAUGCAGAUAGAAUACAGCACGAGAGCAAAGCCCACAACCAUAACUCGUCACGUCGUAGGUGAUGAAUUAUUUAAUACGCAGUGGACGCAAUGGUGGUCUUGCAAAUGUCAGGCUUUGGUUCUUUUUUCAUGGAUAGUCGUUCUCUAGAUUGUAGGGAUAGUUACUGGAUGGACUUUGUAUAUUAUUAUUAUUGUUUCUUAGCUGCAGUUUUUCUUUUUCCAUCUUAAAUAGUCGUCGGUUAAAUUUCUCCAAAGAUGUAGAUUUUAGUUUAAAUUUUAGCUGUUAUUGUGGAAUAUGAACUUAAGGCAUCUGAUAUCAGCUUUUUCGCUGUGAGGGUGACGGAGUUCUUGUCAAUGUUUCUGUGUUGAAGACAAGUAUUUGUGUUAAAUU